CUGCCGAUGUCGAUGGUGGCUUUUUGACUCAGAAUGCCACCAUGAUGUUAUUAUGGAGGUCCUUCUAGACUCCUGCUGCGAUUGAGCAGAAGCCGAAGCUGUUACAAGAAAUGGCAAUGUAUUCAAGAUGAGUAGCAAUGGUGCAUUUUCAUACAAGUCUGGCUCUGUGUACAAUGAACUGCGUCUGAGAAGAAAACUUAUUGAUGCUGUCAUCGUAGUUGACAAAGUUGAGUUUCACAUCCACAAGAUAGUCCUUUGCAACAGCAGCCUGUACUUUUUAGAACUUUUCCAGCGUCACUCAACCCCAGACCAGAAGUUCUAUGUCAUACAGGGUCUGACGCCAACCUUAAUGCAACUUCUCAUUGACUUUGUAUACACUGGCUCUAUGUCUGUGUCAGAGGAGAAUGUCACGGACUUGUUGAUAGCAGCUGAUAAGUUCACUAUAACAGGCAUCAUUCAGACCUGUUCUACAUUUCUAACAGAGCAACUCUGCCCAGAGAAUUGCAUCAGCAUCUGGCAGCUCAGUAAAAAUUGCAACACCCCAGAACUGCAGCUCAAUGCCUACCACUAUGUCCUGUACCACUUUGAGGCUGUCGCAAGCUCAAAUGAAUUGCAGCAACUCUCCAUGCAGGAGUUCUGUAACCUCCUGGACAGAGAUGACCUGAUCGUAAAGGAGAAUACUGUUUACGAUGCCAUCCUUCACUGGAUCGCACAUGCUCCUGUGGAGCGAGGCAAAAACAUGCAAUCGCUUCUGGCCAAAGUCCGUCUAGCUCUGACUAGUCAGGAGUUCAUCACCAUCAACGUGCUGACCAAUCAACUCGUGCAGAGUAGCACAAAAUGCCUGGAGAUGGUCAUAUUUGCCACUCGAGUGAUGCAAUACAUGAAAACCAAAUCCGUGUUUGGGUAUUCCAACCUGGUGGCCCGACCUCGCCUGCCUUCUGCCAUCCUUUUGGCAAUAGGUGGCUGGAGCGAUGCCAAUCCGACGCACCUUAUCGAGGCGUACGAUGUGCAAGCUGAUUGUUGGGAAUAUUUGGUGGAACACAUGCAACAGCCCCGAGCGUACUGCGGUGCCGUCUUUCUCAAUGACUCCAUCUACUGCGUGGGAGGAUUUGACGGGGCAGAACACUACAAUACCGUCAGCCGGUUUGACCUGAAAACGCACACCUGGCAGGAGGUGGCGCCCAUGCACUCUCGUCGAUGCUACGUGAGUGUGACAGUUCUAAAGGGCUCCAUCUAUGCAGUAGGAGGUUAUGACGGACGAUUACGACUCAAGACAGCAGAGUGCUACACGCCUGAGACCAACCAAUGGACUCUUAUUGCCAGCAUGCAUGAACACAGGAGCAAUGCCAGCUGCACAACCCUCAAUGACAAGGUGUAUAUUUGUGGAGGUUUUAAUGGAAAUGAGUUCUUGCGAACAGCAGAAUAUUACAACCCAGAGACCAACGAUUGGACACUGAUGGCCCCCAUGAACAGCCGUCGUAGUGGCAUCGGAGUCAUUGGCUAUGCUGACCAUGUUUAUGCAGUCGGCGGAUAUGAUGGUGACGACCGCCUGGCUAGCGCCGAGGCCUACAACUCACAAACCAACAAUUGGAUCUUGAUGCCCUCCAUGCAAUGCCCCCGAAGCAACUUUGGCAUCGAAGUGGUGGAGGAUCGCCUCUUUGUAGUCGGUGGUUAUAGUGGAGUCUCCACCACCAAGCAAGUGGAGUACUAUGACCUCACCACUGGUCUGUGGUCUCCGGCCAGCGACAUGAGGAUCUCACGAAACGCCUUGACUUGCUGUGUGAUGUCCGGAUUUCACAAUGUGACUCACUACGCAAUGCAGCGGAACAUGUUACCCGUGCUCCCCUUGGAGAAUGAUUUGGAAAUGGAGGAUGAUUUCUAGAACCUGGAGAGAUGCCAACCUCGGCAAGUUUGAUAGAAACCAGAAAAAAAUAAAAUUGAAAAUAUCUGCAAUUUUUGAUAUACAUUGUAUUUUGAUUUGCUUCACACUUGCUAUCUUUUUUUUUUGUUUUCGCUAAUCUUAUUUUUGAAGUUCUAUCAGAUAAUGGACAAUGUCAGGGAUAGGGGUAGAUGAGCGAUCGUCCUCCGCAGAAGACUUACAUUUCUGUCCAAUCUUUUGCACGCCAAUCAUCAUGUCUCCCAUGAUAGGCUGCUGUCGAUUUAUCUGCAUUGGUCAUCGUUCGAGAAACAUGUUAGAAGGAAAAUUAGAAUGUUAUCUAAUUAUGUGAUGACAUUGAAUCUUGACUUGGUAGACUUGACUAUUCCUGCUAACAUGGGGCGAAAUAGAUAGGACAUUAGGCCUGUGGUGAUCUAAACAUCGUCAGAAGCACUGACCUCCAUGUACACCCUAGAUUCUGUUUCAUGAAAUUUAUUCUCAAGUCUGUUUUGUUCAUUUUGUAGCGCUUCCCAUGCUGUUUAGUUGGUAAGAGCAAAACUGUUUGAUGAGCAAAACAUAUCUCCAGUGAUCUGGACACAAUACAUUGAAUAAUCUGCAUGUCUGAAAGUAUGAUAUAUUUUAUUUAAAUGUGUUUUUCCAUGCUAUUCAAUGACAGGUGUCAAACUCAGGUCGUUGAAGGCCAGAUUCCUGCACAUUUUAGAUGUUAUGCUCUCCAACACAACUAAUUCAAAUGAUCAGCUAAUCAUCAAGCUCUGCAGGAGCUCAAUAAUGAUUCUGAAAAUUUGAAUCAGGUGUGUUUGAGGAAGGAAAUUAGUCUCUGAGAUAAUCAUUGAUUUUGAACUGCUCCAGAAUAGCUGUAGUAAUGCAUUUUUGUAUAGUAUUCAAGGUUCCUACAAUUGCAAUGUGAUAGUGGUGUUAAGAGUUGGAUAUUGUAUCGGGUAAAACCCUACUGAAGGUAAAGCUACCAAAUAAAAGGCCAACCAUUGCUGGAAUGGUCACAAGUCAAUCACAGGGCAGAGACAUGCGCCAAUAUUUAUACCAUCGUUGAUUCCAAUAACACACGGAUGAUCAUGUUUGUGGAACUGUACAGCCUUUAUAAAAAUACUGCAUGAAGAA